UUCUCGCUGUUUUUUUGCAAUAGCGAGUCACUAUUCAAUUUUCUAGUUCAAUUCAAAGCUGCAGUCACAAUUAGUGAUUUCGUUCAUGUUUUUCGGUUUCCCCCUUUUGAGUUUGAUGACAUUUCCAGCUGCAUGUCAAUUUCUUGCCUUUUUCUGUCGCCCUUCACAUUUUUAGGGAUUCUGUGGAUUGUGAAUGUGUGUUUUUUUAUUGAAUUAAACAAGUUAUCGGAUUUGUUUUGGGGAAAAUUAAUUUAUGCUGUGGAGAAUUUCGAUUUUAGUUUACAAAUAGGGAGGGGUUUGCUUGGAUUUUGCUGGAUGAUAAUGUAGCUACUGUGAUUAUCAAUUGGUUGAGAUGAUUAAGCUUUCAAUUUUGUUUUACCCUUUCUUCAGAUUGAAAGAAAUAGCUUGGCAUUGUGAGGAUGUGGAAGUAGUUGAUGUAGAUCAUCCUCGAUACCCUUCGUGUGGAAACAUGACUCUACGGCCUUCUACUCCGGAGAUAGUAUGUUUGCAGUGUGGUGACGUAGGAUUCCGUAAUUCAUUUGUGUACUGUGUCAAAUGCGUCAAAUAUGCUGUGCAUCGGCAGCUGAACGUGACAUGUUACAGCUUUCUGUUUCUUUUUAGCUAUUGCCUUAACGUAGUACCCAAGUCACUCAAUGAAUUUGUUCGAUGGUUGUGUGAUGAUUGUGAAGCUGAGGUGAAAAACCAACGGCCUCACCUAAAAAUUUACGACACUCGUAACAAAACAAGAAACUGCUCAACUUCAAAGCAUAUUCAACGCGACUCUGGAACAGGAACAAAGGAAAAAUGUAUAGUGGUGCUCACGAAAGAAGAGCCUGUGUCUCAAUCUAGUGAUCUGUGUGCAAAGAUGGACUUGGUUGAACUGUCUGCAACUGACAGUGACUGUCACGUUGCGGGCUUGAGAAUGAUAGACGAGGCUAUCGUUCUUUCAGCAGAUGAAAGCAAAAGACAUGAGCAGAGCUCUUCCCAUUCGCACAAGGAGGAAAAUAUCGAGGAUAAUCUGGUUUUGAGUACAUUAUCGGCUGAUGAUACAUCUCGGAAAGAUUGUUCCGUGGAAAAGAGAAGUGCGAGUCCAGUGUCCGACCUGAGAAAAGGCUGGGAUACACUUUGUAGUAACACCUCGGAUAGGCCUCAUAACGAAUGCACUAAUGUUGGCUUCAAUGAGCGUGCUAAAUUGGCUAGUGAAUCUACAUUAUCGGAAGAUAUGAAGGGCAUUACAGCCUCUUUGAAGAGAUAUUACGGCCUGCAUCGUGGGUCAGAUGUCAAGACUAAUCCUGCGUUGUCUCGUUUCUCGUCAGACAGUGGUUCUUUGGGAAGUUCAAAGAAGAUGAAACCUGACACGCCUUCUGCAGCUAAUCUCAAUGGCCACAAGCGUAAACCUCUGUUUGCUCAACGUGUCAAGAAACACAAAGGGUUCGACUCAGGAACUCCGUCUGCUUGCAUGACUGCUGAGAGGAGCAUCAAUCCAACUUGUGACGGGUUUCCAAAGGAUUCAACAAUCUUACCACCGGAUGAUUGCCAAAUCCGAGCCGAACCAGUCAUGGAACCAAUUUGGAGGGGAAGUUUCAGUAUUUCCAACAACCAACACGAAAUACUAGAGGAUAUCAUGGCUCACAUGUCUUUAUCGGCAUGCCAGAAAGUAUACAACGAGGCACGCCAGUUUAUACCACUGCUCCACCUAGAAAUGCUGCCAAGAUCUCAUGUCUGGCCACAACGUUUCGAGAGCUCAGAAUCGAGUGCUGGAAACAUCGCACUCUAUUUCUUUCCAUCAGAAAGAAGCGAGCGAUUUUAUGAUAACCUUGUUGAUGAAAUGGUGGAAGAGGAUCUUGCUCUGAAAGCCAUUGUUAAGAAUGCUGAGCUUUUGGUGUUUCCUUCGACGAAACUGCCAUUAUCACACUGGAGAUUUCAGGGCAAAUAUUAUAUGUGGGGGGUCUUUAGGGAAAAGCAAGCUCGGGAGGCAUCACGCUGUCCGUCUAGUUACAGCCCGGUGAUGCAUAGAGAUCGCGUGGACGAAAAUGGGGUUGUUGCAGCAAAUUUUGGAGGGGAGAGCCCCAUUACUCCAUUAAGCAACUGCAGUAGCAAAUUUUGAAUUCAACUAUAUAAAGUUCUAGGUGAAUAUAAUCUGUUUCUUGAAGAAAUGUGUAAAAUCUAUAUGAAUUUCUAAGUGAAAUAGAUUUUGGUUCUUAAAGAAAUGUGUAAAAUAUAUGGUUGUGAUAAAUCCGUAAUAACAACUUUUAUACGA